CGUGCCGCGACUGGCAAGGCACGGGUUUCCCAACCAACCUCUAACACCGGCGGUAGGGGUGUAGGCUCAGGAUCCGCUCAGUGGUUUUUCUGAAGGCUAGCGCGCGGGUCGCAUGCCAAGUCUCUCUGACCUCGCGUCACCCUAUUAAUACUAAAUACAUCGCGCGACGCCCGUAGUAUCUAAAAAAUCGCAGCCGAAACUUUCGAAAAUCGAACAUAGAACCCGCUUCGAAUAUAGAACCUCAUUUUCAAAAUGAGAGUGAUUCUAUGCGUGUUUCUUUUCGUCCAUGUUGCGGUCCCUGCGCCGUCGAGGACUUUCGUCUUCCCAGGCGACAGGGAUCAGAGGAAACUGGAGCCAAUAAUAACCCCCCCAGUUCUCCCAGUUUUGGAGCACCUGGAGCGAGAUCCCAGCACGCUCCUGCCGAGUGAACGGGGAUUGAAUCCUAAGUUCGGAGGAGGUUUCAAUGUGAAACCCCAGAAAGGGGGGUUCACGGGUAGUGUGAGCAGCAGCUUGAGCGGCGCUGGAGUCAGCCACUCCGCUUCUCAGUCUUUCUCCUUUGGAUUUAACGAGGGAUUCAGUGCUUCUCAAGCAGCGAGUCAGGCGGCCUCAUUCAAUGGAUUUGGGGGUGGCUUCUCCGGCAGUCAAGCGAGCAGCCAAGCAGCGUCUUUCGGCUCAUCGGUAUCAGCCGCGGGGUCAUCGGCCUCGGCGUUCGGCGGCGGCUACGGCGGCGGCCAGAGCGCGUCUUCGGCUUUCGGCUUCAGCGGCAACGGCUUUGGACCUAGUGCUUCGUUCAGCGACGGUCUACUGCACGUGCGCCACCGUGGGGCUCCCGGGUUCACCUUCCCCGGCGCGGGGCGAGGAGUAGCCGCAGCUGCCAUCUCCAGACCCAGGACAUCUCAACUCAGCGAUGACUUCCUUUCCAUCAUCAUCUCCUGAGCUAGUCCAAAAUAAUCGCGGCACAAGAUAAUAGGACGCUGUUAAACACUCGUGUACUAGCCCACAAAAAAAUUACGUAUUGAGUUAUGAAUGCAGUUAUGUACUUUAGAUG